UUAGUACUACGGAGCCACACUGAGGUGUCUACGCGCGUUGCACACGGUUGGGAACCGGGAGAAAUCACAAGUAGGCUACAUAGGGAGGAAGCCGAUAAGAUCUGAUACGGCGUCGAUUGCAAAGACAGCACGGACUCUGGCUAAUUUCUUCAGGUGGCAUUAACUCCCAGCCCUGUUAGAGGAUCCCACUGUUGGGCUCUCCUCAGCUCUCCCGCUGGCCAAACCCAAAUCACGACAAGCCACCGCGCGUACCUAAAAGGACAAGAGGGUUUGUUUGGUGUUUAUGGGUGUUUCAGCUGGAUUAUUACUUUCAACAAUACACACAAGUGGGCAGCCGCCGGAGUCAAAUCAAGGGAUUACAAUUGUUUGUAAAGCUCUUGGUUGUGCUUGCAGCGUCUUCUUCCCUGAGCAGCAGAGAGCAAAGUGCUGAUAAAUCUACUCCACCUGGACUUUGGACCUGAGUAAGGAGCUUCUCGGUGAAGUGCACUUGACACAAGCGGCACCGACAAGAUCUAGGGAGACCGAAUUCGUACUUGAGCAGCUGAGAAACUAAAAAUCCUGAGAACAUGCCUCUUGCUCAGAUCGCAGAGCCAUGGCCCACUAUGGAACUAUUGCAGCUGGAAACGGAGAAUGGGCAGAGCAUUGCCGAGGAUGGAGUCACACCUGCUGUCAAGGAAGAUGGAGAUAUCAAGGAGAUCAACAUUACCCAUGUGGUCAAGGAGGGCUCAGAGAAGGCUGAUGCCUCUCAGUUUGAACUGCUCAAAGUGUUGGGACAGGGAUCCUUUGGCAAGGUGUUCCUGGUGCGAAAGGUGACCCAUCCCGAUGCCAACCAGCUCUAUGCCAUGAAGGUCCUCAAGAAGGCCACACUCAAAGUGAGAGACCGUGUGAGAACAAAGAUGGAGAGAGACAUCCUGGCAGACGUCAACCACCCAUUUGUUGUCAAACUGCACUAUGCAUUCCAGACUGAAGGGAAGUUGUACUUGAUCCUGGACUUUCUCAGAGGAGGCGAUCUCUUCACUCGACUCUCCAAAGAGGUGAUGUUCACAGAGGAAGAUGUGAAAUUUUAUCUAGCAGAGCUGGCGUUAGGAUUGGACCACCUCCAUGGCCUGGGCAUCAUUUACAGGGACCUCAAACCUGAAAACAUUCUCCUAGAUGAGGAGGGACAUAUCAAACUUACAGAUUUUGGCUUGUGUAAAGAAGCAAUUGAUCAUGAGAAGAAAGCGUAUUCCUUCUGCGGUACUGUGGAGUACAUGGCACCGGAGGUUGUGAACAGGCAGGGACACGACCACAGUGCCGACUGGUGGUCAUUUGGAGUACUAAUGUUUGAGAUGUUGACCGGAGCGCUGCCAUUUCAAGGGAAGGACCGCAAAGAAACUAUGAACCUGAUUCUAAAGGCGCGUCUGGGAAUGCCUCAGUUCCUGAGUGCGGAGGCCCAGUCUAUGCUCAGGGCUUUGUUCAAGAGGAACCCUGCCAACAGACUGGGAUCUGGUGCUGAUGGUGCAGAAGAGCUCAAACGGCAUGGUUUCUUCUCCACCAUAGACUGGAAUAAACUCUUCAGAAGAGAAUUAAAACCUCCGUUCAGACCGGCGGUGGCGCGUCCGGACGACACCUUCUACUUUGACUCUGAGUUCACCUCCCGCACCCCUAAAGACUCCCCUGGCGUGCCCCCCAGUGCCGGCGCUCACCAGCUCUUCCGAGGCUUCAGCUUUAUUGCGUCGACUCUUUUGGAGGAGGAAGGUUCAGUGGAGCCAGCCAAGCCCCCUCCGCACCCAGUAGUCCAGCAAUUACACGGGAAGAACCUGCUGUUCAGCGACGGCUACAUAUUGAAGGAAGACAUCGGCAUGGGCUCCUUCUCUGUCUGUAAACGAUGUAUCCACAAAGCCACCAACACAGAAUACGCUGUCAAGAUGAUUGAUAAGACCAGUACAGACCCCUCUGAGGAGAUUGAGAUUCUACUUAGAUAUGGACAGCACCCCAACAUCAUCACACUGAAGGAUGUUUACGACAACGGUAAGCAAGUGUUCAUGGUGACGGAGCUGAUGCGUGGAGGAGAACUGCUGGAUCGGAUCCUCAAACAGAAGUUCUUUUCGGAGAGAGAGGCCAGCGCUGUGCUUCACACCAUCACCAAGACUGUAGAGUACCUGCACUCACAGGGGGUGGUGCACAGAGACCUUAAGCCCAGCAACAUCCUCUAUGUUGACGAGUCGGGGAAUCCAGAGUCUAUCAGGAUCUGUGACUUUGGCUUCGCUAAGCAAUUGCGUGCCAACAACGGUCUGCUGAUGACCCCGUGCUACACUGCUAACUUUGUAGCUCCUGAGGUGUUGAAGCGUCAGGGCUAUGAUGAAGGAUGUGACAUCUGGAGUCUGGGAGUCUUACUGUACACCAUGAUGGCCGGUUUUACUCCAUUUGCCAACGGACCUGAGGACACCCCAAAUGAGAUCCUGAACAGGAUAGGCAACGGUCACUUCAGUCUGGCUGGAGGCAACUGGGACACUGUGUC